AUGUACGAGGACGGGGCAGCCUAUUACGAGCUUGCCACCGGGCAGGCGACCUCUGCCCCGAUCAGUUGCCUGGCAUUCGACCAGCAUGAGGAGGCGGCCUGGUUUGGCUGCUCCAAUGGCUGGAUCUCGCAGAGCACUGACGGCACCUUCUCCUGCAUGGAGCUGUACCGGAAUGGUACCCAAAUUCUCAUCGGGUGCGGCCAGAAGGGAUUGGUGGCGUACGACCUCAUAUCUGGCAAGUCCACCGGCCAGUGGGAGACAGAAGGCAUGGGCGCGGUGGCGCUGAGGGGCCCCCUCUCUGGGGGUGGCUACCUGGCGGCCUCUCCCGCCGGCAAGAUCUUCGUCAUGGACGGCCGUAGCCGGAGCGUGCGCCCAGGCACCUCCCUGACCGCUCACGUCGGCGGCUUUGCUGCCGUGGAUGCUGCAGGCUCCCUGGUGGCCACGGCGGGGUACUCGAUCAGGGGCGGGCAUCCGGUCCUGGAGCGGGCCGUCAAGGUGUUUGACAUCCGGAUGGCCCCCCGCCUGCUGUGCACGCUGCCCUUUGGCGCGGGCCCCGUCUUCCUGCGCUUCCACCCGCACCUGCCCUCCACGCUGCUGGCGGGGUCCGCUUCCGGCGCCGUCUCGCUCCUGGACGCGGCCGGGUACGGGGCCGGGACGCAUCUGAGCCUGCCCGGCCUGGAGCAGGGCGCGGGGGGCAUCACCUGCGCGGACUUCAGCCCCUCCGGCCAGUGCAUCGGCCUGGGCUCGGCGAGCGGCUGGGUGCACAUGCUGGGCGUGGGCAGCAUGCCCAGCGUGGCGGGCCGGGGCGCGGAGGUGCCCGCGCCGCCCGCGGGCAACCCCGCUCCCCUGGUGAGCCUGGGGGAGGGCGACCCCCUCUCCCGCGCGCCGCUCUUCUACAACCUGGAGGGGCCGCGCCCGCUUUCCUCCCUGCACCCUGGCGAGCGGGCCAGCGUGGGCCUGGCGCCCAGGGUCGUGGACCCCUCCCUCCAGCCCCUCAUCAAAUGGUCCGACUUCGUGGGGGUGAUCCCCAACCCCUUCUACGACCCCGCGGCCCCCCCGGGCACCGCCGCGGCGGCCUCGGCCAGGCUGCGCGCCGAGCGCGCGCAGCCGGCCUGCGUCCCAGUCGACGUCGCGGCCCGGCGCGCGGAGCGCGCUCAGCGCCGCGCCGCUGAGGGCGGCGUGGUCCUGCCCGAUCGCUACCGGCGCGUGCUGGUGGCGACCCAGCAGGCUGCGGCGGCGCAGUCCUGGUUCCAGGACUACGACUACUCGGCGUGCAACGCCUCGCCCUUUGUCGGGCUGGAGAACGACCUGGCCAACUCCUACUGCAACGCGCUGGUCCAGGCGCUCUUCUUCGUCCCCGGCGUGCGCGCCGCGCUGCUGCGCCACGUCCCACGCUCCAACGACGAGUUCUGCCUGGCGGGGGAGCUGGCCCUGCUCUUCCGCAUGCUGCAGACGCGCGGCGCCGUCGUAUGCCGGGCGUCCAACCUGCUGCGCGCGCUGCGCCAGUCGCCGCAGGCCCUUGCCCUGGGCCUGGUGGAGGGCGUGGCGGGGGAGCGCGGCGCGGGCGACAUCGAGGUGGAGGCCACCAAGGAGCGGUCCCUGGCACGCAGGGCCAAGGAGAGGCUGGCAUGGUGGAAGGGGUUGCAGGAUUUGCCGGGGGGCCCCCUGCCUUCCGUCCUGGCAUUCAGCUGUGACGGGCAGCCGGAGGGGGUCCUGCUGGUGCGCCAGGGCGCCGACCUGGACGCCAUGGCAGCGCCAGACAGCAUGCUGUACGAGCUGACGGGGGUGGUGGCCCACGUCUGUGACGCCGACGAGUCGCUCGAAUGGGGCACGGACCUCUACGAAGGUCACCUGGUGGCGCACAUCAAGGUCAGUGCAGGGGGCCCGUACUGGUGGCUCUUCAACGACUUCAGCAUCCAGCCCGUGCCGGCGGCCGAGGCGGGGGAGCUGUACGACGGCCAGAAGGUGCCGUGCCUGCUCUUCUACACGCGGCGGGCCGUGGAUGCCGAGGAGCGCGCGGCUCGAAUGCACGAGGAGGAGGGGCUGCUGGGUACGCGCCCCACCCCGGUGCUGUCCUCGCUGGGCUUCCAGGCCCUCUGCCGCAUCUCACCCCUGGGUCUGCGAGCCAACCUGCGGGCGCCGACCUUCCUGCCGCUGGGGCCGGACGAGCUGCCGCGGCCGGGCAUGCUGCUGGCUCUGGACGCCGAGUUCGUGUCCUACAGCCCGCCCCAGUACAGCCUGGUCAGGGGCAUGGAGGUCACCACGCGGCCCAGCCGGCUGGGCCUGGCGCGGGUGAGCGUGGUGCGCGGGGAGGGCGCGCUGGAGGGCACCGCCUGCAUCGACGACUACAUCCGCAGCCCGGAGGCGGUGCACGACUACCUCACGCGCUUCAGCGGCAUCGUCCCCGGCGACCUGGACCCCGCACGCUCGCCGCACUGCCUGACCACGCUGCGCCGCGCGUACCUCAAGCUGCGCUACCUGGUGGACUCGGGGGUGCGCUUUGUGGGGCACGGCCUCAAGCAGGACUUCCGCAUGAUCAACAUCCUGGUGCCCUCGGAGCAGAUCGUGGACACGGUGAGGCUGUUCCACAAGCCGAGGAUGCGUCAGCUGAGCCUGCGCUUCCUGGCCUCGUACCUGCUCAAGACGUCCAUCCAGUCCGGCAACCACGACUCCAUCGAGGACGCGCACACCGCGCUGCGCCUGUACAAGGAAUAUUUGAGGCUCGAGGCCUCUGGAGCGCUGGCCUGGACCCUGGACGAGCUGUACAACUGGGGCAAGGCGUUUGGAAGAGUGGUCGUAGCCAUGUCCGUGCUCGAGGACGUGGUGGCCCUGGUGUGCUGCGCCGACGCGGUCAGGAACGCCAGGCAGGCCAUCCAGGCUCGUCUGCGAGAGCAUGGGGCCCGGGUGGUGCAGCGCCUGAGCAAGGACGUGUCCCAUGUCGUGUUCGAGCGCAAGCACGUCCCCCCCUCUGCCAAGAGGGCCGAGCCGGAUGCCGACCUCCUGGAGCUUUACACCAAGCUGGACAAGCUGGUGCGGCACAUCGACAAGCCCGUGCUCCUCCUCAAGUCCACGCCCCCCUUCAAGACCGCGCUGCCCUCCCCAGGGCCGCACAGCGGGAGGAGGUCGCUGCUGGGUGGCAUCCCCAUUCCCGGCGUGGAAAGGCUGCCAUCGCCCCAGGUGCCGCUGCCGGGGGUCUGCGCGCCCGGAAGCCAGGGAGAAGGCACCGCGCCCACCCCGCCGUCGACCCAGCCCACGCCGUCACAGCGCGCGCCCAGUCCGGGACCGCGGCCGAGCCCCUGGUCCGCGGAACGGCCCUGGGACGCCCCGAGGGAGGGCGCCAGAUCACGCAGGACUGUGGCCAAGAGAGCGCGGAAGACCACGGGGCGCGUCGUGCGCCAGGAGCCGGCUGCCGGCGCCCAGCCGUGCGCCAGGCGGGCCAGGGGAGCCAAACUUGCGGCUGAGGUGCCGGUGGCAGAGGAGCUAGCUGGACCCAGGGACCCACAGCCGGUCCUCCUGGCGCUGACCUCGGUCGACAAGGACGUCGCCGAGCUGGCGCGCUCCGCCACGCUGCGCCUGCGUGGCAUACGACUGUGUUCCUCCGGCCGGGGGGAGGCGGGCGCGACGCACCUGGUUCUGGGCAGGGAACGCCGCACCAUCAAACUCCUGCUGGCACUGGCCAACGGCGCCUGGCUGGUGACCCCCCAGUGGAUCACGGCGUCCCUCGACGCCGGCGAGUGGCUACCCGCGCGCCAGUUCCCCGUCGGCGAGCGCUUCCGCGCCGCGGCCGAGCGGUCACGCUCGGCCCGGGAGCACGGCGCCACGCUGCUGGCCGGGCAGAGACUGUACAUCCACGCCAGGACCGGGUCCGGCACCGCACGGCCCCGGAAGUCAGAUGCGAGCGUGGAGCGGCGCGAAGGCGGCGCCGCCUCCGCCGCAGAUCUGGGCUCGCUGCGCAGGCUGGCCGGUGCAUUGGGCGCAGAGCUCACUGGCCCGACAGAGUGCAGCCUGUGCAUCCUGGCGGGGGACGCCCCCCGCCCCGCCACCCUGCCGCCAGCGGUGCCCUCUGUGACAUCCGGCUGGCUGCUGCACGCUGCCGAGCACUACCAGGUGCCCCCUGUUGAGGCUACCUGGCUAGUCGCCUGA